AUGUACAUGUACUAUCCAGCCAACAACCUUGAACAACUUGAGGAACUGUAUUUUGCAUGUGACCAAUGUGAGAAGAAAUUUGUGAAAAAAUUGAGUUUACUUACGCACCAAAAAUUAGUACAUAAAGAUUUCACGUGUAAAAAGUGCGAUAGGAAAUUUGAAAAUAAAUCAAGUUUAUUCAAGCACAAAAAAAUAUUCCACGAAGUUUACAAAAAUUAUUUAUGUGAAAUGUGCGCCAAGAGAUUUGAUACUAAACCCAGUUUGCUCUUGCACUUAAAGGCAGUUCACGAGGUUCCAAAAGAUUUCACCUACGAUGAGAGCAAGAAGAAAUUAGGGGAUCAAAGCAAUUUAAUUAAAAACCAAAAAAUAACUCAUGAUUUCGCAUGCAACAAGUGCGGGGAGAAAUUCGGUCAAAACUCGCAAUUGCUCUAUCACCAAAAGACAGUACACACAGGUCCAAAAGAUUACGCAUGUGACAAGCGUGAAAAAAAAUUUGCACAAAAAACGAGUUUUCUCUACCAUCAAACGUCAGUACACGAAAGUCACAAAGGUUACGCAUGCGAAAAAUGCGAAAAAAAAUGUAGACUUAAGUCUAAUUUGUUCAAACACCAAAGGACAGUACACGAACGUCGCAAGGAUUUUGCAUGUGAUAAGUGUGAGAAGAAAUUUAUAAGCAAUUCAGAUACGGCAAACAAUACAUUUGUGAUGUUUGUCAGGAGGCAUUUACACUAG